GAAAAGUAAAAUUAUGUUGCAAGGACUCACAGUUGCGUCAUUAGAUUCUUGUGCAUCAUCGUUCUAUUCAUAUGCGUCGAUUAAACCGCAAGUGAGCUGGAUAAACACGGUCAUUUUGGAUUGUGGCUCAGUCGAAAACAUUCAAAAUGGAAAGAUGUCUCUUGACAAAAAAUCAAAAACGUCCGUUGGAGCUACGGCGACUAUUGUAUGCGAACCUGGUUAUCUAGCAAGUCGGCAGAAAAUUGUCUGCCUAAAAACCGGUAAAUGGCAAAAAUCCAUUUGCACAAUAAAAGACUGUGGUCCUAUUAAAAAAAUUGUAAGUGGACGAGUCAUCCUUGACAAAACAAAAACGUCAACAUAUGGAGCAACAGCGACUGUAAAAUGUAGCCCUGGUUAUAGAGCCAACCAAGAAAAAAUAGUUUGUUUGGACACCGGGAAAUGGGAAACAGCAAGAUGCAAAAUCAAAGAUUGUGGGACUCCAAAAAACGUGACCAAUGGAAAUUUGCACUUUAUCGGAACAAAGUUUGGAUCAACCGCUUCUCUUGUCUGUGAUAAAGGCUAUGAUGGAAACGGGACAAUAAGCUGUCUUGACACUGGCAGUUGGGAAACACCACCAAGAUGUUCUAUAAAAGACUGUGGGACUCCAUUAAAUGUGACCAAUGGUAAUUUGAACUAUAUCGGAACAACGUUUGGAUCAACCGCUUCUCUUGCAUGUGAUAGAGGAUAUGACGGAAAUGGGACAAUAAGCUGUCUAGACACUGGUAGUUGGGAAACACCGCCAAACUGUUCUAUUAAAGAAUGUCCUGAAGGAUGGACCACUUUCGAAAAAAGUUGUUAUCUGCUUGAAGCCAAGCAUGAGAAAACAUGGGAAAAUGCCAAAAAUGACUGCGAAUCAAAACAAGGACACCUUGUUGAAAUCACCUCUCCCUCUGAAAACAAGUUUAUUGGAGACUGGAUCGGCUUUUAUUACGUUUGGAUGGGAUUAAACGACAUAAAAUCAGAAGGUAUAUUUUUGUGGGAAUAUUCAGGAGCAACUGUUGACCUCUCCGAAGUAGGCACAAGCAUUGGUUACAAUGACAAUGAUCUGGAUUGUAUCUAUAUCGAUGCAUCGGCUGGAGCUUGGUUCGCAGAUUCGUGUGAACGUACACUCAAAUAUAUGUGCGAACUUUCACUCUAAGCAUAAAAUAUUUAAGAUGAUUACUUUUUCAAGUGCUGAAAUAACAAUUUAUUUAAAAAAGAUAUCCUGCAGCGUUACUUAACGUCUUAUAUUUUAUAAAUGUUAACGAACGCUGCCAUUUUUUUCAUUAUUUGUGUAUGUGUAUCAUAUUUUAUCGACAACUGAUUUUUUUUGAGUAAAUAUAAACCGAACUCGAUAGACGUUGAUUAUAUUUCAUUUCAAAAUAGAAUCAUAAAGUGUCUUUAAAUGAUCUUUUCGGACAUUGUUGUGCACCGUGAUUCAGGGAAUAAAAUGUAUUUCUUCUAGAUCUCUUUCAGAAAUAUACAGGAACUUACCUGGGCAAAGAAUUUUUAAAUCCAUGUACUUGUUACUUGUUUCUUGUUAGUUUUAUUUUUUUUUCAAAUUUAAAGGUUUCAAACAAUUAAAAGAAUCAAAU